AUGUAUGAGCAGUUCCUUGAAUCCUCACUCGACAGGGCCAGACUUCAAGGAUAUGAGGGCGCCCGCUGGGGAAAGAUGACCGACCCAACCGGCCGCAGCGCUCCUGGGGGCAUCAACUCUCUUUUGAUCUGGCAGCAACCGCAUCCGAUGUACUUUGCCGAGAUCGAAUACCGAUCGUUCCCAAAUGAAACGACACUUGAAAGGUGGGAUGAGGUAUUGACAGCUACAGCAGACUUUAUGGCAUCGUUCGCGUGGUAUAAUGCCACUACUGGAGUCUAUGAUUUGGGCCCACCAAUGUAUCCCGUCUCUGAGAAUACGAACCCAAAUGCGACAAUCAACCCGACCUUUGAGCUGGCGUACUGGAGAUUUGGUCUCGAUGUAGCUAUGAGUUGGAAAGAGCGUCAGGGGAAGUCAAUCCCUGAGAAUUGGAAGAAUGUGCGGGAAAAUCUUGCUCCCCUGCCUAUCGUUAAUGACACAUAUCCCGUGUACGAGGGUAUUCCUAACAUGUGGACAGACAACAAAACAACAUCUGAUCAUCCAGCAAUGGCCGGUAUAUAUGGAUGGCUCCCACCCCCUAGCUCCCCUCCCCUCAAUAUGACCAUUGUUAGUAACACCGCCUCCAAAAUCCACUCUCUUUGGGAUCUAGAGGAUUCAUAUGGUUGGGACUUUGCUUUACUGGCCAUGAACUCUCUCCGUCUAGGUGACAUAGACCAAGCAAUAGAGUACCUCUUACAUCCAAUCUUUCAAUUCGACGACGCUGGAUAUCCCGUAGGAGGGUCACGCGUGCCGACUCCGUACUUCCCGAAUGCGGGGGGAUUGAUGCUUGCAUUAGCAAUGAUGGCAGGGGGCUGGGAUGGUGAGCCUGGAAUGCAUUUCCCCGAGGGUUGGGAUGUAAAAGUGGAGGGAUUUGUGCCGGGUUUGUAG